UUUGUUAUUUAUUUUAUUUAAGAGUUAUUUUGUCUGAUACAAUUGUACAAAAAAUAAAUAUAUUCUUUUUUAAAAUAUAAUAAGGAUUAAAUAGUCUUUAUUACAAUUUAGCUGGCAUUAUUACAAUGAAACUUUGUUUAAAUUAAAUUUAAAUAAUUUAAAUUAAAAAAUACUUGACAGGUAUUUACUUAUGCGGCUGGGCACACUGUCACCGUAACCGAUACGAACCGAUAACUCAAAGUAAAAUGUAAAAAGUCGCAACGACUGUAAAUUUUCUCACACGAUUCGGCACGAGUAGGUACUCUCACGAGUUCGUGAAACAGCUGCUGGCUGCGUGUAUGUGUGCAGAAACUGAAACCGAAACAGAAAAAACGCGAAAAGUCACUGAAAUAUAGAUAGAAAAAAAGCGAAAACCGGCCGAGUUCCUAUUUAAUAUCAUUUCGCAGCCAGAGCGCAAAAGUGGCCAAAAUUCGGCGAAAACAGCGCAAGUGUGAUAAAGCGUUCGUGCCAUCGCAGCCGUGCACAAAACGAACGAAAACAAAAGAGAAUAGUGUUGACAGCAAUACGAGCGUUUUGAGCAGUGCCAGCAGCAGCAGCACCUAUAGCAGCGGCAGUGCAGUCGUUGCGGGCAUCGGCGUAGGCGUAGGCAACAACAAGCGUCCGGGGGCGGGAGUGGGCCGGGGAACGGCCGCGAAUGAAACGGUAGCUUCUUCAGCCCCAACACCAACACCAGCAACAACAACAACAACAGGAGCACUAACAUCAGCUGCCGGCCGGUGUGCGGCAUUUUUCGGCGAAGCUGUUGCAAGAGGUGGGCGUGGCGGCGGGGCCGGCGUUGGGGGUGCCGGAGAAAGCGCAACGAAAGCGAAAAAGGAAGAGGAGCAGCUAACAAAGGGUCAAAGCCAAAAGAGUCCCCUGAACGCCGCUGACUUUUCAAUUGUUCGGUCCCUGCGCACCGUUGAAAAGUUAGCGACUGAGCUCGACGCCAACGUCAGCGCCACCGCCAGCAGCACAGCCGACGCCAGCAGCGCUGUCAUGUCAGAGACGGGCUGCCGGCAUUAUCAGAGCUACGUGAAGGAGCACAGCUAUGAUACAUUCCGGGUCAUCGACGCCUACUUCGCGGCCUGCGUCAACAGAGAUGCGCGAGAGAAGAAGGCCAUUCACUGCAACUGCUUCGAGUGCGGGAGUUAUGGCAUCCAGUUGUACGCCUGCCUGCACUGCAUCUACUUCGGAUGCCGUGGCGCCCACAUCACCAGCCACCUGCGGGCGAAGAAGCACAACGUGGCCCUGGAGCUCUCGCACGGAACGCUCUACUGCUACGCGUGCCGCGACUUCAUCUACGAUGCGAGGAGCAGGGAGUAUGCGCUAAUCAACCGGAAGCUGGAGGCCAAGGAUCUGCAGAAGAGUCUGGGGUGGCAGCCAUGGAUUCCUACAGCCAAGGAGACGAAUCUGCUGUUGGCCAACGCGCGCCGGAGGUUGGUGAGACCGAAUCAGACAAUCGGUCUGAGGGGGCUCCUAAAUCUGGGGGCCACCUGCUUCAUGAACUGCAUUGUCCAGGCCCUGGUUCACACUCCGCUGCUCAGUGACUACUUUAUGUCGGAUCGCCAUGAUUGCGGUAGUAAGUCCUCGCACAAAUGUCUCGUCUGCGAAGUUUCGCGUCUCUUCCAGGAGUUCUAUUCGGGCUCCCGUUCGCCGCUGUCCCUGCACCGGCUACUGCAUUUAAUCUGGAACCAUGCGAAGCACCUGGCCGGGUAUGAGCAACAGGAUGCCCAUGAGUUCUUUAUUGCCACUCUGGACGUGCUGCAUCGUCACUGCGUCAAGGCGAAGGCCGAGCACGAGAACAAGAGCAACAGCUCCAGCUCCGGCAGCGGCACCAAUUCCAGCAGCUCGAGCAGCUCCCAUUGCUAUGGACAGUGCAACUGCAUCAUCGACCAGAUCUUCACCGGCAUGCUGCAGAGCGAUGUGGUGUGCCAGGCCUGCAACGGUGUCUCCACCACCUUUGAUCCCUUCUGGGACAUAUCGCUGGACCUGGGGGAGACGACAACGCAUGGUGGAGUCACUCCCAAGACGCUGAUCGACUGCCUGGAGCGGUAUACGCGGGCCGAACACCUAGGAUCGGCGGCCAAGAUCAAGUGCUCCACCUGCAAGUCCUACCAGGAGUCCACCAAGCAGUUCAGCCUUCGCACCCUGCCCAGUGUCGUCUCUUUUCAUCUCAAACGUUUCGAGCACUCGGCCCUCAUCGACCGCAAGAUCUCCUCGUUCAUCCAGUUCCCGGUGGAGUUCGACAUGACGCCGUUUAUGUCCGAGAAGAAGAAUGCCUACGGAGACUUCCGGUUCUCCUUGUACGCCGUGGUCAACCAUGUGGGCACCAUCGACACUGGACACUAUACGGCGUAUGUGCGCCACCAGAAGGACACUUGGGUGAAGUGCGAUGAUCAUGUGAUAACGAUGGCGUCGCUCAAGCAGGUGCUAGACAGCGAGGGUUAUUUAUUGUUCUACCAUAAAAACGUGCUGGAGUACGAGUGAGGCAUCCGUGGACAUCCAUAGAGACUGCACCCCAAACACCAUAUACACACACAAUACCCAUGCAUAACGAAUAAAUAAAUACAAUAAAGAAUACAAAAGAGAGACAAGGCCGCGGCAGCGCUUACAAAUUAAGUAAUACUAACUAAAAACAAAAAUUAUAAUAAAAAAAACCACAUACUGGGUAUUCCCUCGCUUGAGAUUAGUUCAGCUCCGGCACUCAAAAGUUUAAAAAUGAAAUCCAUCAAGAAUUUAUUUUAUUCACAGACUAUUUAAAGUUGUAAUCUAAAUACCGAGUAACUUGUUAGGGGUUCUCCCACUUUUCAAUCCACAAAAGUAAAACUAAAACUAAAUCCAUGAUAUAAAGAAAACAA